CGCCCUCCCUCCGCGCCGGCCCCGCGGCGCCUAGGGCCAGCAGCCCUCCCUCGCCUCCUGCGCUGUGGCCACUGUCGGUCCUGCACGUCCCAGUGUGCCUAGAGCUUACCAGGACCAGCCUUCCACCUGAGCUCACCCGGCGGCGGCGACGCCUUCCACGAGCCGGCGCUCGUCUCCGCCCCCUCGGUCACCUCUUUCUUGUGACUUCUGCACAGUCUAGGCUGCUGGGGUCUGCGGGGGAGAUGUUCAGGGUCUCUGGGGAGCACAGUCCUGCUCCGCUCAGCCACACCCAACUUUAGACUUCUCUCUAAGCGGCCACUCUUCCGGACUUCAUUGAAGAUUCCUUCCAGCCUAUCUUUCCUGAGAACCCCCACCCCCCCAACAGAGAUGGUCUCUGUAGGGAGUAAGGUCCCUAUUGUCGCAUCUCUCAUGACCAACCCUCUGCCAUUAGUUCUCUGCUUUGCUCUGGUGGUGGCACAGGUCUUGGGGUCCAGUACAACUCCUGCAGGGACAAGCGAGCCCCCUGACGUGCAAACAGUGGCGCCCACGGAGGAUGACACUUUGCAAAACGAGGCGGACAACCAGGAGAACGUUUUAUCUCAGUUACUGGGAGAUUACGACAAAGUCAAGGCUGUAUCUGAGGGCUCCGACUGUCGCUGCAAGUGUGUGGUGAGACCCCUGGGCCGAGAUGCCUGCCAGAGGAUCAAUGAGGGGGCUUCCGGGAAGGAAGAUUUCUACACGGUGGAAACCAUCACCUCGGGCUCAUCCUGUAAAUGUGCCUGCGUCGCUCCCCCAUCCGCCGUCAAUCCCUGUGAGGGAGACUUCAGGCUCCAGAAGCUUCGGGAAGCUGACAGCCGGGAUUUGAAGCUCUCCACAAUUAUAGACAUGCUGGAAGGCGCUUUCUAUGGCCUGGAUCUCCUAAAGCUGCAUUCAGUGACCACUAAACUGGUGGGUCGAGUGGACAAACUGGAGGAGGAAGUUUCUAAAAACCUCACCAAGGAAAAUGAGCAAAUCAAAGAGGACAUGGAAGAAAUUCGAACUGAGAUGAAUAAGCGGAGCAAAGAGAACUGCUCUGACAACAUCCUAGACAGCAUGCCGGACAUACGCUCAGCCCUGCAGAGGGAUGCAGCCGCAGCCUACGCCCACCCACAGGAACAGUAUGAAGAGAGGUUUCUGCAGGAGGAAACUGUGUCACAGCAGAUCAACUCCAUCGAACUCCUGAGGACACAGCCGCUGGUCCCACCUGCAAUGAUGAAGCCACAGCAGCCCCUGCAGAGACAGGUGCACCUGCGAGGUCGGCUGGCCUCCAAGCCCACUGUCAUCAGGGGAGUCACCUACUACAAAGCCAAGGUCUCUGAGGAGGAAAAUGACAUUGACGAACAACAUGAUGAGCUUUUCAGUGGGGACAGCGGCGUAGACUUGCUGAUUGAAGAUCAGCUCCUAAGACAUGAGGACCUACUGACAAGAGCCACCCGGAGGCCGGCCACCACUCGUCAUGGUGCCGCCGUAACAACUGAUGCUAGCGUCCAGGCCACAGCCUUGUCCUCAGCACCUCCACAGGCAUCUGCCUCAGUGCCCAGCCUUAUUGACUCUGCUACCCAGGCCUCAGAUGGGCAACUCUUGGCAAGCCCACAGACUAGCACAAUGUUUCCAGAGCCCACGGAGGCGACGACUUCUACUCAAGCUCCACUCACCACCGUGGCCCACACAGCCAUCCAGCCACCUCCGGCAAUGUUUCCUGGGGACAUGUUUGUAGACACUCCAUACUUGGUCCCAGAGUCUCCUGACCCAGUUGGGACAGACAUGCCAGAGGAAGAGGGGACUGCCGGGCGGGAAGCAACCUCUGCUGGCCCCAUCCUGAGCCCUGAAGAAGAAGAUGACAUCCGGAAUGUCAUAGGACGGUGCAAGGACACCCUCUCCACAAUCACGGGGCCGACUACCCAGAACACGUACGGACGGAAUGAAGGGGCCUGGAUGAAAGACCCCCUGGCCAAGGAUGACCGGAUUUACGUAACCAACUAUUACUAUGGCAACACACUGGUAGAGUUCCGCAAUCUGGAGAACUUCAAACAAGGUCGCUGGAGCAAUUCCUACAAGCUUCCGUAUAGCUGGAUCGGCACGGGUCACGUGGUGUACAAUGGCGCCUUCUACUACAACCGGGCCUUCACCCGAAACAUCAUCAAGUAUGACCUGAGGCAGCGCUACGUGGCUGCCUGGGCGAUGCUCCACGACGUGGCCUAUGAUGAAGCCACACCCUGGCGGUGGCAGGGCCACUCGGAUGUGGACUUUGCUGUGGAUGAGAACGGUCUGUGGCUCAUCUACCCAGCUCUGGAUGAUGAGGGCUUCAGCCAGGAGGUCAUUGUCCUGAGCAAGCUCAACGCAGUGGACCUGAGCACGCAGAAGGAGACCACGUGGCGCACUGGGCUCCGUAGGAAUUUCUACGGCAACUGCUUCGUCAUCUGCGGAGUGCUAUAUGCUGUGGACAGUUACAACCAGAGGAAUGCCAACAUCUCCUACGCCUUCGACACCCACACCAACACACAGAUUGUCCCUAGGCUGCUGUUUGAGAACGAAUAUUCCUACACCACCCAGAUAGACUACAACCCCAAAGACCGCCUCCUUUACGCCUGGGACAAUGGCCACCAGGUCACCUACCAUGUCAUCUUUGCCUACUGACAAGCCCGACCCUGCAAAAGGAAGCACAGAAGAGCCGCUAGCACCUUGUGUGUGUCUGUGUGCAUGUUUGUGUGCGAGAAAGUGUGCAGGUGGGUGUGUGUUGUUUUAAAAUAUAUAUUAUUUUGUAUAAUAGUACAAAUGUAAAAAUGACAGUUUGGGUCUAUUUUUUUUUAUAUGGAUUGUAGAUCAAUCCAUACGCGUAUGUGCUGGUCUCAUCCUCCACAAUGUAUAUUUUUGUGCAAAUGAACUUCUUUUGACCAGUAACCACCUUCCUUCAUGCUCUGUACCUCCAGCUCCUGAGCUCAAGGAUUGAAAUGUUUCUUCCUCUGGGUCUUGCAGCCACACUGUGCCAGGAGCAGGAGUGAAGGGCUCAAGAAAGAAGUGCUAAGUGGCGGGAAUUUUUUUUUUUUUAUGUAUUAUAGAAGUUCUUAAAACUCAGAAAAAAAAAGCUUUUUUUUUUUU